UGUUCUGCUGGGAGAAUAAUUAGUCAACUUACUGCUGCACAGCACUGUGGAGUGUAUUGUGAAAUAUGCAGUGGGAGGUGUAGUUGUACCAGGGUCAGUUUCAAUUCUCUUUGAGGUUUGAAACACCGCUUGCUCCAGUCUCCUGUCAUUUUCUUAGUUUGUUGUAUUUGUUUGGUAGCACUAAGUUUUACAGUCAUGUCGAAAAGCUUGGAGCAGCGCUCAUACCUGGUUCUGGAGAACUACAUCGGAGGAAAGUUCAUCCCUUGUCGGAGUCACAUCGACUCCUACGACCCGUCCACUGGAGAGGUUUACUGCAAAGUACCAGACAGUGGCGAGGAGGAGGUGGAGGCAGCAGUGGCAGCAGCGAAAGAAGCCUUCCCUGGCUGGUCUGCUCGCAGCCCAGAGCAGCGAGCGCAGGUUCUCAACAAGUUAGCCGACCUGAUCGAAGCCCACCUGGAGGAGUUUGCCCAGGCUGAGUCUAGAGACCAAGGUAAAACAGUAACGUUUGCACGGACUGUGGAUAUUCCCCGCUCUGCGUACAACUUCCGCUUCUUUGCAUCAUCCGUGCUCCACCACACCACCGAAUGCAGCCAGAUGGACCACAUGGGCUGCCUCAACUACACUGUCCGCUGCCCCGUGGGAGUGGCUGGUCUGAUCAGCCCCUGGAAUCUCCCCCUGUACCUGCUGACCUGGAAGAUUGCACCUGCGAUUGCUGCAGGCAACACUGUGGUAGCCAAGCCCAGUGAGAUGACCUCUGUGACUGCCUGGAUGAUGUGCAAGUUGAUGCAGCAGGCUGGUGUUCCUCCAGGAGUAGUCAACAUCAUAUUUGGGACUGGCCCGCGAGCAGGGAACGCCCUGGUUGGCCAUCCUGACGUCCCGUUGAUCUCCUUCACGGGUUCCACAGCAACUGCCCAGCGCAUCACAGAACGGGCUGCCCCCUACUGUAAGAAGCUCUCAUUGGAGCUGGGAGGAAAAAACCCUGCCAUUAUUUUUGCUGAUGCAGACCUGGACCAGUGCAUUGAGACCACUGUUCGCUCCAGCUUCUCCAACCAGGGAGAAAUCUGCUUGUGCACCAGUAGGAUUUAUGUAGAAAGGAGUAUUUACUCCAAGUUCCUGGAGAGGUUUGUGGCAGCAGCUAAGAAGUGGAAGACCGGUUUGCCCUCUGACCCCAGCAACAACAACGGAGCACUCAUCAGCAAAGAACACCUGGAGAAGGUUCGUAGCUUUGUAGCACUCGCCAAAUCCGAAGGUGGCAUCAUCCACUGUGGUGAAGGGGUUGACCAGCUGGACCUCCCAGAGCGCAACAGCAAAGGCUACUUCAUGCCGACCACCAUCAUCUCAGGCAUAUCUGACAGCUCCCGAGUAAUGCAGGAGGAGAUCUUUGGCCCUGUCACCUGCGUCAGCCCCUUUGACACAGAAGAUGAAGCUGUUUCCAAGGGCAAUGGGGUGCGCUAUGGUCUGGCAGCCACUGUGUGGUCGCGGGACGUUGGGAAGGUUCACCGGGUGGCCAAGCGGUUACAGACAGGUCUGGUGUGGACCAACUGCUGGCUGGUGAGAGAUCUGAAACUGCCCUUUGGAGGGAUGAAGAACUCUGGUGUUGGGAGGGAGGGAGGGAAGGAUUCCUACCACUUUUUCACAGAGGUGAAGAGUAUCACCAUCAAACACUAAAAGGAAAGGAAGAUGACAGGAGAGGCAUGUGUUGGAUGAAUAGAGGAACAUUUUCUGUUAGAAGUAGGCGCACACAUUUGGAGAAGGUUUAUCUUGACAUUCAACAACCUCCGUCAUCAACAUUUUUCAACAACUAAUUUCUCCUCCCAUCCCCUCAAAUUACUGGAGCCCUUAAUUAGGUCACAUUUGUAGAAUACAAAGGUCAGAGAAAGUCACACUGGAGCAAUACAGAUAAGAAAACUAGCAAAGAUCCAAUAUAAAUGUCUAGUAAAGAGGAAAUAAUGCACAAUGCGAAAUGCUGUAACAUUAAUACCUUUGCUGAAUAUUUUGUACAAUCAUCUUCAUCUUCAUAAUCAAUCAUCAAGCCAAAACACAUGAAGCAAUAAUUGUGUGAGAGUUUCUCUUAAAACUAGAAUGAGUACAGACCAGACAAAGUAAAACCAGACAAGAUACAAGCGUAUUUACGAGAGGAAGUCAAGAGUGCAAUUUAUCAGCUUAAUCCAACAUCCCUCAUACAUGUAUACUGCGGGUUUGUGUCCUGUAUGAUAGUAAGAAGUAAAAUAAUUCUGAAAAGAAACAGUGAUAAUAUUAUUUUAAAAAGUGUCCUGUGAGGGAGGUAAAUACAAAGAGAUCUGAUAUGUGCCUCAGGCUAACCAAAACCAAGAACCAAAGCAUUGUAGGUGAGUUUCAUUAGAACAGCGUGACUGUGCUGGAAUUUGUUCAGUUGUUUUUCAACACAUACAAGCGUUGUCCCAAAUUAAAGCACCUUACAUAAAUGCCA